UGACAGGGUCAUGUUUGCGGCUGUUUACGACAUAGCUUUACGACAGUAGCCAUUGUUCGUUUAUUUUCUUGGUUCACGAUGGCCUCGUCGUUUUGGAAAGGUGUUGUCGGCGUUGGACUUUUUGCUUUAGCUCAUGCAGCGUUCUCUGCGGCACAGCAUCGAGCAUACAUGCGACUCACAGAGAAAGAAAACGAGACACUACCAGUUGAUAUUGUACUACAGACCUUACUGUCGUUUGUGAUGACCUGUUAUGGUAUUGUCCACAUCGCUGGAGAGUUUAAAGACAUGGACGCCUCCUCAGAGCUGAAAAACAAAACAUUUGAUACACUGAGGAACCACCCAUCAUUUUACCUCUUCAAUCACCGUGGUCGGGUGCUGUUCCGUUCACCUGAGGAGGAGCUGUCCUCUGCACGCAACCAGCAAGCUCUUCCCAACCCCAUCCGGCUACGUAAGCUGGAACAUUUGCACUGAGACUGGCCUGUUCCUGCCUGUUACAUCAUCAUCAUGAUCAUCAUCAUCAUCAGAUAAGAUUUGUGUUUGUUAGACUGAGGGAACAAAGUGAGAAUUCCUCUUCCUCUGCUUUAAUUUGUAUUUGUACAUAAACUAAUAUGCUGUACAAACAUGCAUCUCUGUCCAUAGAAGUGGUCGCCACCAUAUUCAGCACUGACUCUGUAUAUACAGUUUUGUUUGUAUAUACACUAGGUAAAAGCUUUGGAGUCUUGACAUACUACACUUGCCCCCUUUUGUCUCAGUUGGGAUACUGCUGUGCUUUGUAUGCCCUUUGUAUGAGAAGCAUAAAGGGCCUGUUAUGUUACAGUCCUUGUUUUUUCUCAACUACACAUCAGUCUUGAACAGCUAGCUGGGCAACGAUUUGAAUGAAUUUUGCAAUAUGACCUGAGAACCCUUGAUUUCCUCGAUGACUUCCUAGAAGCAGAAAGGCUUCUUCUGUACCUCGUGUAUGCAAGCGAGAGAUUUGCAUUAAUGCCACAGGAAAUCAACUGAAGGGGAGAAAUAUGAGAACAGAAAACAGACAGCUGUUCUCUUCAUACUGUGAGCACUAAGGCAGCAUAAUGGUUCAUUCUGAAGUUUGUUCUCUCAUUUUACAUUUUAGGAUUCAACAGAUUGUUUUAAUAAAAAGGCAUAUUGAUUUUAAAA